ACUAAGGUUACCACCCAGCGGGACCAUGUCUGACAAGCGGCCUGUAGAGACGGACCCAAGAAGCCGGCGGCUCCCGAACACCUUCAAUGGUCUUCAGUAACUGAGGCUACUGAGGAGUUGAAAGGUGCAGCACCUCCAGAGGGGUUUCCUUUCCACAAGCAUUGCUGGCCUGGCACUCAGCCAUGUGGGCCAGGCUGGAAACAGAUAACCCCAGUAAGGGCCUUGGUUUCUGUGGAUGGUUGCUGGUGGCUAUAUCCUUCUUCUUCACAGUUAUUACCUUCCCAUUCUCAAUCUGGAUGUGCAUAAAGAUCAUAAAGGAGUAUGAGAGAGCUAUCAUCUUCAGACUGGGUCGAAUUUUACAGGGAGGAGCCAAAGGGCCAGGGCUCUUCUUUAUCCUGCCUUGCACUGACAGCUUUAUCAAAGUGGACAUGAGGACCAUUUCAUUCGAUAUUCCUCCUCAAGAGAUUCUCACCAAGGACUCUGUGACUGUCAGUGUGGAUGGAGUGGUCUAUUACCGUGUCCAGAAUGCUACGCUGGCGGUGGCUAACAUCACCAAUGCCGACUCAGCCACUCGCCUCCUGGCACAGACCACCUUGAGGAAUGUCCUAGGCACCAAAAAUCUCUCUCAGAUCCUCUCUGACCGAGAGGAGAUUGCCCAUAACAUGCAGGCCACUCUGGAUGAUGCCACUGAUGACUGGGGGAUAAAGGUGGAGCGUGUGGAGAUUAAAGAUGUGAAGUUGCCUGUGCAGCUGCAGAGAGCCAUGGCUGCAGAGGCUGAGGCUUCCCGGGAGGCCCGAGCUAAGGUCAUUGCUGCAGAAGGGGAGAUGAAUGCUUCUCGGGCCUUAAAAGAAGCCUCAAUGGUCAUCACUGAGUCCCCGGCGGCUCUUCAGUUGCGCUACCUGCAGACCCUGACAACCAUUGCUGCGGAGAAAAACUCAACCAUUGUCUUUCCGCUGCCCAUAGACAUGCUUCAGGGCCUUACAGGGAUAAAGCACUAGGCUUGCCUGGGACUGGGCAGAACUGAGCUGCCCAGAAGAAAGGCUGAGCUGGGGAACCAAAGUAGCCUUUAGUCUGCAAAGAGUGAAUGGGGUGAGGAGCUUUCAUCCUUCCUCCUUCCCUUUCUUCUCCUUUCUGUCUUGAUAUGCUGAGUUUGAUGUGCUUAGACUAUCUAGUGAUUAUAAGAACAAGCCAAUGAGUCAUUAGCUUUGGUGACUUUUGGAAAAGAUCAGACAGCUGGAAUAUUUAUGAUAAUUUACCCUUUUCUUUUUGUAGCGCAGACACCUCUUUUGGUUAGGUCCUUCCAUUGCUCAUUUUGGCAGCCCAGGGAAAGGGCAAGUACUGACUGACCUUCCAAUCAUCCUUCCUCUCUCCCCUUUCCCACAUUUACCAGCUCAGUCUAGAAAGUGAUAUCAGCACAUAAUGAAAACGCAGAGUAUUAGAACAUGAAAUGGUAGAGCUGGAAGGGACCUUUAGAGAUUCUAAGAUGAGUAUGUUGGACCAAAUGAUCUUUAAGACUCCUCCUGGUUCCAAAUCUACAAUCUAGUCCAACCCCUUCAUUUUACACGGGAAAAAAUCGAGGCCUAGAGAGGAGAAAAAAUUUGCCUAAGGCCACACAGUGAGGAAGUAGCAAAGCCACUCAGAUCCUAGGUCUCCAGACACCCAGGCUGGGGUCCUUUCUGCUCAACAGCUGUUGCAUCCUGCUAUAAUAGAGGGUUCUAUUCCAAACCCUACGCUAGUUAUCUUAUAGGAGCCCUCUAUUUAAAGGACAAUUUCUCAGUGGUCCCUUUCCCUGACCUCCCCUGUUGAACUCAAACCAUAUUUUGAACUCAGUCCCCUUUGUUGAGAGAGGCCUCUUCACCAUGGGGAAAUACUAGAGCUUCAGUCCCUGCCCUUGAUACUAGAGAUGGCUAUAUUCUGCUGCCUUGAAAGACGUCACUAGGCUCUCGUUGCCACGGCUGCAGACUGGUAGUCAUGGAGAUGAUAACAUCAGAGCCCCAUUUCUGCCAUUCAGAAAGAUUAAGCUAACCUUUCUAAACCUCUAAGACCUUUUAUGAAUCUGCCAUCGUUUCUGUCUUUUGCAAAAAGAAGUUUGUUUUUUAAAAUUGACCAGAGCCUCUUUAGUGAAUGAGCAAUGUGUUGACCUUCUUACAAAGCAGCUGAAACCCCUUCCCAGAAGUGCUUUAUUAUCUCAGACUUGCCUAUCUUCAAGCAUCAGGUUUAAAAUAUUUUUGUAUUCUGAUUUUUUUUAAAUGAACCUUUCUCUAACUUCUAUAAGCCAACUUUUGUAUAUCUCUUUCUGUACCUUUAGAACACAAUGUGGUUGUCUUAAAAAAAAAAAAGUUACAGGGAGACCAUGUUCUUUAUAGAUGUCGUAGUUUGUGUUAUGUAUAUACCACAGUGAGGUGUCCUUGGUUUGAGAGUACUUAUGGAACAAUUUCCCUUACCCAUUAUAAGGAUAUGCUGAGGGUUCUGUGGGUGGGAGCAGCCUCUCUAUAUGUUCAUUUUACCCACUGUUAGAUUUAAGGACUAAUGGGGGAGGGCCUAGGGAGUAACCUCUGGAAAAUAGAAGUUUAAAAUAUGCAUCUGAAAACUUCAAUUCCAUUUCAUCUGUUUGCUGGUUCUCACUUUUUUUCCCCAUCAUGUAUUUCACACUGAGAAAAUGAGUUAAUACCUAGUAUUCUUCCCACUGAUAGAAUAGGAAGUGGUUUUUUUCACACUUGCUCUGAGGCUUAGGGCUAACCUGGAAACAUCCUAGGGUGGAGGCUUCUUUACACAAAAUCCCCUGUGCUCCAAUUCUCAAGUUUAGACAUAGUCAUUUAUUCCCCUGGCCGAUAUACCAUCAUUUUUUUUCCCUCCUUAUAGUUAAAGUUUUUUUUUUUUCAUUUGUGGGUCUCUGGGCUUUUUUCUUCUUUAAAUAUAGAACACAAAAUUCAUAGAUAUAUUUUUUUUAAUUUAAAGUUUUUAUUUUUUUGUUACCCAAUUCUAAAAAGGCUUUCCUACCCUACCCCAUCCUCUCACCUCUUAAACUGAUCUGUCGACCAAAUAAAUUAUAUCCUGGCUGUGUGUUCAUUUCUCUGUCUCACAUUUGCGAAGUUUACUAUUUUCCCUGGUUGCUUUAAAUCUAGAUACCAGACUGUCUUCCCUUGUCUGUUUUAGAGGUAUUACAGAACAAUUGCUUUGGGUGGAAUAGCUUGUUAGGGAUUGGACUGGAAGCUGAAGAUGAAGGAUUCUCCCAAGGGGGCCUUAAUAAAUUAUUGUGUGCCUCUC